GCUGCAUUGUAGUACAGCUACAUUGAAUCCACUGUAGUUGUAUGUAUCCACGGAAGCUAGUAUUCAGGACUUAAUUAGUGACCUAGAUUUUCAUCAGAGAUGUGCUUGGAGUUUUCGGGCGGGUGUGUGGAAAACUUUCCGUUCUCAAUGUCAAACACAGACGAACAAUCCCGGAGCUAACUCGCGGUUUACGGUGGCGUUUAGCCUAUAGCAAAACUUUAGCAAGAACUUUGUUCAGAGUUUAAUUCCACGCCUGAGUUACUAAAAUGGAGAUUCACGAAGGGGCAGCGGCAGCAGGCGACAGCGUGUUGGACUUUUCUCGUCUGAGCCUGAACGCUUUCAGUGUUGACACAAUCAGCGACGAGAGGAAAAGAGACACCAAACAGCUCUACCUGAACUACAACCGGCUAACCUCGCUGCCCUCGUCUGUCAGCUUUUUCUGCAACCUGGAGUUUUUGGACAUCAGCAACAACGGACUGACGGCCAUCUGUGAGGGCAUAACGCGGCUGACGAGGCUGAAAACACUGAUAGCCAAGAACAACCGUCUGGACGAGUUCUCGCUGCCCAAAGACUUCGGCUCUUUGCAGCUUGAAGUGUUGAACUUUAGUGGGAACCGAUUUGAGGAGAUCCCCCUGCAGUGUAUGAAACUGCUGCGUCUGCAGUCUCUCUCAGUAGGCGGAAACAGACUGAAAAGUAUACCUACAGAGAUAGAAAAUCUAACCAGUUUGGAGCUCUUGUAUCUUGGCGGAAAUCUCAUCACAGCUAUUCCUCCAGAAGUGGCAAACCUGCCCUACCUUAGCUACCUGGUGCUAUGUGAUAACCGCAUCCAAAGUGUCCCCCCACAGCUCACCAGGCUCCACUCACUGAGAUCUUUGAGUCUCCACAACAACUUACUCACUUACCUGCCAAGGGAGAUCCUGAGUCUGGUGCAUCUGCAAGAGCUCAGUCUCCGUGGCAACCCUCUGGUUGUGCGCUUUGUUAAGGAGAUGACCUACGAUCCCCCCUCACUGCUGGAACUGGCCGGACGGACCAUCAAGAGUCGUAAUAUCCCCUACCACCCCCGAGACCUGCCCUCAAACCUACUGUACUAUCUGGACCUGGCCAGCAAGUGCCCCAACCCUAAAUGCGGGGGUGUCUACUUCGAUUCCUGCGUGCGCCAGAUCAAAUUUGUGGACUUCUGUGGAAAGUAUCGGCUGCCCCUCAUGCACUACCUGUGCUCCCCAGAAUGCACCUCUCCCUGCAACUCAAACCCACAGAGCGACGCAGACUCAGAGGAUGAGAGCAGCGUGCCAGCUUACCGCCUGCAGAGGGUACUUUUGGGGUAAUACCAUCAUGGAUGAGCCUCUGGUUAACAUAGCCUCAUCACUCUGCCGCUGAUUAACAAUUUGUCGGAGAUCAACUUGGCUGCAAGAUUCCCCGGCUCUUGAAACACAAUCACAAAAAAGUAUCAUCUUCAAUGGACACAAGAUGUCAGACCACUGUUCUGACAACUCAAUUUUCAAGACAUUAUUGGCGACAAUCUGUUCUUUUUUCAUAUCACAAAUCAAUCUGCCUAUCAGAACUCAAAAUUCUCAUUUCUUCCAUGUGGAUAUGCAAAUCAGCAGUCUCCAUUCAAAGCUCCUGAGUGUAGGUUUCACGGUCGACUGGAGGAGGACAGAUAAACUGCUUGAAGACCGAAGAAGCCGCUGGAUUCUUUUCUGUUCCAGGGCAGCAAACUUAAUCUUUAAAACAACACUGGGUGCUUUUUUGCUGCUGCAGAACACUAUUGUGCAUUUUCUGGAACUUUGUACCAAAAUAAUUUGUUUCUCGGCAAACAAACCGCUUCCUUUCAAAUUUCUCUGACCAAUCGAGCUUCUAAACUGCUCUACCAACUUAGAAGGAAGUCUUGACUUUCUGAAAUUUGUCAGCAGAAGCUACAGCAUGACAUUAGCAUUACACUACAGUAUUCUAACUUCACAUAGCCUUUUUACACUGUGUGGGUAUGCUCAGCUAAGGUUUUCUGCGGUGAAGCUGCCCCGCAUAAUAUUACAGAUUAGAGUUUAGAUAUUUUGUCAGCACAGUAGUCAUUGAACACCAGCUUUGAAAAUGUUCACCUUGAUGGCAUAGUUUGACCCAGAAUAUGGGUUAUGUGAGCAUGUGGAAGAGAGCUUGUGCAGGCUUACUCACAGGAAGUGGCGUGGGCGUGGGGAAAAGCAUUCACUGUUUUAGCACAGAAACAAUGGCUAUUUAGCAAAACACAGUGGCAGUCCUCAUGUUUAUGGCAAAGGCUGUCGGUUUUCUCUGAGUAGAAGAAUUCAGAAGUGUGAAUGGAAAGAUUUGUGUGGGAUAACCUUUUCUCCAGAAAGAAACUGCUUCAUUGCAUCUUUGGUAGCAUAUAUUUUUGCUUAUUUGAAAAGCUUGGAGAUCUUACAGCCUCACAGACAGCACAUAUCCAUCAGUGCGGAAAGAAUUCACUUGUGACCAAUGGUUAAAAAACGCCCCUCUUUGUUACGUUAACACCUAAACUAGAACAUUUAAAUGCCUUAGUAAUGGUAACGCUCAAACACAGGUGCUCUUUAACUGGGAUAUACACACCCUGUAAUGUGACGAGAAUAACAAUAUGAAUGAUAAACCCUUUUUGAGUAAUUUUGUACUCAUCAGAUAACAGUAGCAUAAAUAUAGACUUUUUAUAACAAGAUAUGCUGCUUUUGUAAAAAUCCUAAUUCACAUACUAAACAGACUUCAUAUAUUAAUGACCUGCAGGAUAGAUCGCACUUAAGCAGAAAAUAUAUUCAUAUAUUAAUUAUAUUUAAUUGUACUCAUUUGAGAUAAUGUAAGUAAACUGUA